AUGAAUAUUGAUGAGCGGUCGCUGAUUGAAUUGCCUGACAACUGGUAUGUUUCGGAACUUCCAAACUUUGGUCGAUUGUUGUGGCCUGAAAAUGGACUUCCUUUGGUUUUGUCGUUUUUGGCAUUCCGCUUCUUGUCUUGGUGUAUGAGCAAAUGGGCUUGGACUGGUUUUCAGGGAUUUCGGUAGGGAUUUUUUAAAAAUUUUUAAAAAUUUUUUUUGAAAAAUUGAUACUAUAAUUGUGAAAAAUAGUACUAUUUUUAAAAAACUGGUACUGUUUUUGAAAAAAUAGUAUUAUUACUUUAGACAAAUAGUAGUAUUUUUAAAUAUAUCAGUACUGAUUUGAAUAAACUAGUAGUACUAUAUUGAAAAAAAGUAGUAUUAACUUGAAAAAAUAGUACUAUUUUUAGAAAUCAGUACUAUUUUUGAGAAAACUAGUACUGUUCUUAAGAAAACUAGUACUAUCUUGAAAAAGCUCGUACUAUAUUUCAGAAAUCUAGUACCACCGUGAAAAAACUAGUACUACUCUCGACUCAACUCGUUCUGUUUUCAAAUUCUUUAAGUUUUUAAAUUUUUAUGUUAUAGACAAUACCGUCUGUGCAACUUGACAGUAUGCGUAAUUCACUCUACAAUCGUCGGCGGGUCGGUUUUUUACUUUGCUUUAACACAUCUACAAGUCAUGCUAAACAACCCGGCUACGUACUAUGAGCCGAGUAUGAAGACAGUCUUUCAAAUCACUGUUGGUAAGGGCAUUUAGUAACAUUUUUAGUUUUUUAAAAUUAUUUUAAGUCUAACUGUAGUAGUACCAAUAGUACUAGUGGGUCAAAUUAGUACCAUUUUGUAAUUUUUUAAAAAAUUUAUAUUUAAUGGCACUAGUAAUACUAAUUUUACUAAACUAGUUCGUUUUUGUUUAAUAUGGUGCAGUUCUUAUCAAACUAGUACAACUUUUAGUCAAUUUGUUACCUAAAAAGCAUAGAAAUUGUCUUUUCUGGCUAAUAAUUUUACCUUUUUUUAAAGAUAAAAUAUACUUGUAGGUUACUUUAUUCACGACACAAUACACAUGAUGAACCACGAGAUCUCAAAAUGGACUAUUGAACUCUUUCUACAUCAUUCGGCUACAAUAAUAUUGUUCUUAUGCCCAAUAACAAGCCACCAAUUCGCUGUUUUUGCUUAUUGGGCACUGCUUAUGGAGGUUAACAGGUGAGUAUGAUACUAUGUUAGGUAGGGUUUUCAAAACGGUACCACUUUUAAAAACAUUAAUUUUACAGUAUAUUCUUACACUUACGGACAAUCCAUCAGCUGUCGGGUAGAACAACAAGUCAUCCAGGAGAGUUCGAAGUAAUCAAGUACACUAAUGUUGUUACGUAAGUGUUGUUUUUUAAGUAGUAUUAGUUUAGUAAAGCAGUGUUAGCUUUGAAAAAGUAGUACUAUCAUGGAUACAGUACUAGUUUAGAUAGAGUGCUCUCUGCUUCGCCAAACUAUUAAUAACGUGGUCAACAUAAUACUGGUUCAGUUGAAUCACUACUAUUAGAAUAAUAGUACUAGCUUUGCCAAAAUAGUAUUAGUUUAGUUAAGGUAGUCUUAUUUUUCCCAAGGUAGUAAAAACGAGGGCAAAGUAGUACUGGUUCAGUUAAAUCGAAUUAUACUACUCGGACCUUAUAGUACUAGUUUAUUUAAAGUAGUACUAUUUUGGGCAUAAUAGUACUAGUUUUGCCAAAAAAGUACUAGUUUAGUUAGAGUACUUUCAGCUUUGUCAAAGUAGUACUAAAAUGGGCAAAACAGUACUAGUUUGGUUAACGUAGUACUAUUUUAGGUAUAAAAGUACUAGUUGAUUAGAUAGUACUAGUAUGUCUUAUUUUUCAAUUUUUCAAAAUUUAACAUAAAAUUUUUUUCCAGCUUCAUAAUCUUUCGAUUCAUGGUCCAAACGUUUCAAAUCAAUUUCACCUACAAGUACCAAGACCACUUUGUAUACUUUUACAAGUUUGUUGGCCUGUAUGGAAGUUUACUAUUCCUUAUCAUCAACAUCUUUUUGUUCUAUCGUGUACUGGCUUCGGAUGGAUUUUUGGGAAAAAAGAUUCAAGAACGAGCUAAGAAGACUAACAGAGACCAUCAGAAGAAUCAAUAA